AUGCCAAUGCAUUUGCAUAUGCACAUCAACUCAAAAGACCGAACAGCGGUCGCUUCGAAUCCGGGUGCCCCAGAUUCGGAUGUUACAAUCAGUCCGGCCGAUCUUGAGGGCAUGGAAAUAUGCCAUCACGUCGAGACAUUAGAUGAGAAACAACGAUUGAGGAAACUCGAUUGGGGUUUAAUACCAUGGCUUUCUCUACUAUAUUUGCUGGCUUUCCUUACUCGUACAAACAUCGGAAAUGCCAAACUCGCCGGGUUUACAACAGCAAUCCAUCUCGACGCGAGUGGUGAACAGUACAAUCUCGCCCUCGCCUUGUUUUUCAUUUCCUACUCGCUUUUCGAACCCGUCUCCAAUGUCCUUCUUAAGAUGCUCAAGCCCAAUCACUACUUGACGCUUCUUAUGGUUCUUUGUGGUAUUAUCACAAUCAGUACCGGUUUCGUUUCAAACGCUGGCGGCCUCUUCGCCGCUAGAUUCUGCUUGGGUGUCGUCCAAGCUGGUGUUUUCCCAGGUGUCAACUACAUUCUUUCUUGCUGGUACCGUCGUUCCGAACUUGGUUUCCGAAGUGCAAUUUUCUUCUCCGCAGCUGCCAUUUCCGGCUCCUUCGGUGGCCUGCUCGCCUACGGUUUACAGCAAAUGGACGGCAUCGCCGGAAGAGGUGGUUGGUCAUGGAUCUUUAUCAUCGAAGGUGUCAUCGUCGUUAUUAUCGGUGCCAUUUCUUGGUGGAUGGUAUUCAAUUUCCCAGAGGAUUACGCCAACAAGCCCAACAGCAAGCGUGCCAAACUCAUCAGAUGUGUCGAAGAAAACAGCCACAGAAGAGACUCUGUCCCAGCUGAUACACCACCAGAGAGACCAUUCUCCCAGACCCUCAAGCUUAGCUUGACAGAUUGGAAGACAUGGACUGGUAUCAUGAUCUACGGUGGUGCCGCUGGUCCCCUCUUCGCCUUCUCGCUUUUCCUUCCUUCGAUCAUUGCAGAUAUGGGAACAUACAGUACAACAACCUCCCAGCUUCUUACAAUCCCGCCAUACGUCGUUGGUUGUAUCGCCACUCUUGUCAUCGCUUUGAUCGCCGAUAGAACCGCCCAACGUGGUCUUUGCAGCAUUUUCACCUGUCUUUUCGCCAUUCUCGGUUUCUUCCUUUUGUUGUUUGGCAAGAACGUCGCAAUGAAGUACACUGGUACCUUCCUUGCUGCCAUCGGUAUCUACCCAUGUAUCCCCAACGCUGUCGCCUGGAGUUCAAACAAUAUCAUCGAUCCGGGCAAGCGUGGAUUGUCUCUUGGUUUUGUCAUCGGUCUCGGUAACCUGGCUGGUGUUGUCAACUGUUUCGUCUACAGACAGAAAGACAAGCCCGACUACAAGAUGGGACACGGUGUCGUUUUGGGUUUCUUGAUUGUCUUGUUAUUGGGUGGUAGUUGUUUGCAGCAUUUCAUGUUGGUUAGGGAGAACCAGAAGAAGAGAGAGCAUUUGGCUUAUAUUGCCGAUCGCGAGAAGAACGGUGCUCAAGAGGAGCUUAAGAAGAUCGAAGAAGAAGACAAGAAGAGAAGAGAAGACGGCAAUGAGGAUAGUGAUGACAACUUUGUCUACGUCGAGUAA